GAUCGGAUUUUUGCAGACUCUAUCUCUAAGCAAAGAACGAACUUCUCUCACUAAAAGACACUCUCCCAACUCUAUUUUUCCUUCCUUUAAUUCCCAAGCUCUCGGCUAAUCCUUGUUGUUCAUUCUUCUCGACCCAUUCUCGUGAAUCUCACUCCUACACUCAGUUAGGUUCAAACAGUUAAUAAUCCUAACUAUCAAUGGUUAGCUAUUGGUUGUUGAACAGUUCGCUGUUGAAUUAUAAACCACUAACUUUUCUAGUUUAGUAUCUGAAGAGAAAAUUUUCUAACUAACUUGACGAGGAUCAUAAAUUCUUCAACAAUAAAUGUGGCUAAUUAGGUCUUGACCAUUCCCAUCAGCUUGGGACUAAUAUGUGCAUUUGCCAUCCCAAAUUCUAGAAUCUGGAAAACAGUAACACCCAUUUCCAAUCAAAGGAGAAUAAGAUUCAAAGAUAUUGUUGGAUAUUAUCAAAAUAAUCAUAUGAACGAAUAAAGCCCACCCCAAAAAAUUGUCACGUAACAGGUGGAAGGUUCGCGAGGACUUUAACCACUUUUGAGAAGAAUCAGAGUGGAUUUGGUAUUGCGUUUUGCAGGCACUUCAAAUGUUCAUUUAGAUGAUUGACUGAAGUAAUAGGCAGGCAGGUAAGCAGAGAGUUAUAUUAUAUGCAACCAGUUGGAGUAGUUCUCUCUUACAAUUUCAAAAUAUCUCUCCUGCAUUUGUCUCCUUUUCAGUACCCCACCCUCCUCCUGAAAACUCCAAACCCUGCAGUCUGCUUCGCAUAUAUAUAAACAAACGCUACUACUAACUCAGCCAUGGCUUGCUCCAUAAUUCUCCUCCACAACCAGCUGAGAAUAUAUGUGAUGGAGAAGCUGAGAAUCCUACCACAGAUGAAACCGGUCCCUGAUUCCAGAAAACUGUGAGCCUCUGUUUUUGUUUCCCACCCUUCUCCCCCUUAUCCCUUUGGCUAAAGAUGCUUCUUUUCCUGUGUCUUUUUCUCCAAGCUGGAAUCUUUACACCAUUGCUCUCUCUUUCCCUCUCUCCCUCCCCCUUCUCUUUCUAGUGUUCGGCCUCUAAACCAGAACAAAGCGCAUACUCGCCCGUGAAAAGAGAGACAGUUUACCAGGAAAGGCUAAAAAGCAAAGCUUAAUUGGAUAAAAGAUAAAGUGCCAAUCUCUUCUCGUUGCCCCUUUUUUCGGGUAGAUUUACCAGAAUCCCAUAAAAAUCUCCCGCGGCCGUUACUCUACACACCCCAAAAUGACACGAUUCCUCGCCCUCCACCGCCGGCUCUCGGAUUCGGACUUCAGCUCGCCCCCGCCGCCUCCGAAUAAUGGAACCGGGGGCGACCCGUACAUCAGCCAGACGAAUUUCGACGCCAACAUGGUGAUAAUUCUGGCGGCGCUGCUCUGCGCGCUCAUCGGGGCUCUGGGUUUGAACUCGAUCGUCCGCUGCGCGUUUCGAUGCAGCCGGAGCCUGGUGCAGGAGUCGCCGGGGCAGGCGGCGGCGCGUCUGGCGGCGACGGGUCUGAAGAAGCGGGAUCUGAGGCAGAUCCCGGUCGCCGUUUACGGCUCGGAUGACGCGGCAAUUGCGGUCACGGAGUGCUCGAUCUGUUUGGGGGAAUUCAUGGAUGGGGAGAAAGUUCGGGUUCUGCCCAAGUGCAAUCACGGGUUCCAUGUGUCGUGCAUCGACAAAUGGCUGCUCUCCCGCUCCUCCUGCCCCAACUGUCGGCAUUCGCUCCGGGAGCCGCCGAAAGCGGGUUCGGAUCCUAGGCCCGCGGAAAGUGACCCGCAAGGUAACGUUGCUGUAGUUGUCGAGGAAGGGGACAGAAGAUGAGGUUGAUUGCCUGUCCAGGCCUGGAAGGGUUAUCCAUCCGCCAGCUGUUUGAUUAAAUGCCUCAAUGAGUGGACGGGAAAACUUGCUUUUUUAUCUCAGAGCAGAGCGUUUCUCGCUGGUUGCUGGCCUAAUUGUAAAAGCUGCUGAAUUUUGGUAGAUGUGUAACAUAUAAUUGUAAUAAGCGUUUCUAGUUUAGAUUUGCUUCCCAAAUGGGGGUUUCUUUCUGUCUCAGAUUUCAGCCAUUGCUACUAAAUUGAGUUCUGCAUCAGUGGGUGUCUGCUUAAUUAGCUUUGCUGGUUGCAGAACUCAAUUUUGUGUUCACUUGUAUGUUCCAGGGAGCUGCAAACGUGUGAAUGUGAAUUGGGAAGCAUUGCUGUGGCGGAAGCAAACUAGUACCAGUAACUAAUCUCCUUCUUCAUCAUUCGGUCAAUUCUAAUUUUACUGGAUCUAUAGUUGCCUGGCUAUUUGGGGAUUGAAUGAGAGUUGCCACCUAAUUGAACAGCGACGUAUGAAUUAAUUGGCUGAAGUGGGGUGGAUAGGUGUCCUUUUAGCGCCAUGAAACUGGGUUCGUCUUCGGCUUAAUUGCAGUGCAAGAAAGAAGGCAAGGUUUUGUAGUAUGCUUUUAAGGGUUGUGGCCCAAAACCACCGCGGUUGCUGGCUGGGACCUCCUCCCUUAUCCGGGUGAGGGAUGGGCGGUGAUCGUUUGAGACACGGAAAGCUCUAACCUUCCCGUCAAUUUAACGUUCAAAAAACCAACUAACCACUUCUUUUAAUGAAACUUCACAUUCAAAACACUACUCAAAUCAGUGACGGAGGCAGCAUUUCAAACCACCUAUGUCCUCUUUUCAUAACUUAAAUAUAUAAAUAUUUAAUAAAAAAAUUAUUUAAUAAAAAAUAAUUAUAUCCAAAUAAUUCAUUCAUAAAUUAAAAAUAACCGAUUAUACUAUCAUACUUUUCAGAAACAACUACGAAAGAAUUUCAAAUAGUGAAAGAAGCGCAAAAACAUUUGUUGUCUACACUAUUAUAUAAGUCUCUUUCAAUGUAUCUUACUAAACAAGUAUUAGCAAACUAGUCACCAAAUCGACUUGGAAACUUGUUCUAAAUAUAACUCAAAGCUGAAAAUGCUCUUUUUACACUUGCAGUUGUAAUUGGUAGAUCAAAACUAGCAGGAUUGUCGUUGUCGCUAGACAAUUUCAAGGUUGUUGAGGAAAGAUCAAAUAGGCAUAAGGAGAAAAGAGACUCGAUUAGUUCUUUAUUGCAAUUGGAAUUUCGUUUAUUGUAUAAUAAAUUAAUUUUAUGUCA